GCUAGUUGCAAAAGCUCUCCUCCGGUAGGUAGACAGUACUCGCCUCCAUUGACGCAGUUGGUGCGAUGACUGAGACAGCGAUCAUCGGUUUUGGUUUGAUUAACACUCUACAUGUACAAUCCGAGCCUCGACGAUAGUCUCCCUUGGCCUUUGUUAUAGCCACCUCCAUAGCCAUCGUCAUCGCCACAGACGUAGCCCUCGGGACCCUUCAUCCCCAUAGCCAUUUUCACAACUAUCGUGAUGAAGAUAUCGCCACCCCCAUAGCCAUUUCUAUAUCGUCAUCACUGGGGGAAUUAUCACGUGUCUGCACGAGUCGUGGGACGCAAAUCCUUCUCUACCAGUCUUUAUAGCAUGGCCAUCGCCGCGCAGUUUCUGGCUGCGCGGCCAUUGCGAGGCGUUUCCCGCGCUGCUAUCAUUCUAUUGCGCGGCGUUCGCGUUCCUGUGGGUCCUUUGAGACGUUCCUCAGCUCGUUUUCCGUCUAAAUUACCUUCUCCCAAGUCCACCUCCAUCUACUCUUUGCACCCUUUUGGGGGGAGGAAAGGGAUACUAGACAAGGACCCCAGACGCGCGACAAGACUGCGGGUGGCACCGCCGCACGUCGUUCCAACGGUUGUCGCACAGCGAAGCAUCGACAGAUACUUCUUCCGCCGACCAUGGUUACGCAAUAAUCGUCUCCGCCUUGACAAGACACUCUCGCGCGUGCGCGGUCGUGCGACGAUGAGAUGUGCGACGCUGUCAUGGAGCGGUGCGGCCUCCUCAAAGAGCGGUGCGGCGUCCUCAAAGAGCUGUGCGGCGUCCUCAAUGCUCCGUGCGACGCGCUCAUGGCAGUCGUUGUCGUCGACGGGGAAGACGUGGCAAUUCACGGAUCGAGGACGAGACCGCUCGUUCAAAAAAACGAGUAAGAGAACCGUUGGCGUCGAAUGGCGUGGCAUGAGCGGCCUUGGGCGAUCAGCUCGUGCCGCACUGAUGUUUCGCGUGAUGGUCAUGAGUGGCGGACAUCAGGACGAACACUAUGACGGGAAGCAGAAGCGCGCCGAGUGCGGGGAAGGGGGAGCUUCGAGGGAUGGUGGGGACAAGAGCCGCUACAUCGCCAGUGAGCGGUGCGAAUCGUCGUCGCCUUCAGUCAGCUGCUUGGUAGAACGUGGAGCCGUCAUUGUUCAGGACGACCUCAAUCUGCUACUUCAGAUCCUUCCUGUUGACAUGCGAGAUAAGCUGCUGGAACACAAGAGACGAGCAGAGUUGUUGGAGGUGAUUCUCGAUCUUGGAAGGCGACCUCAGGCACGCUUCUUAGGGGAUGGAGCCGGGGAGUACUUGCGUGAGGAAGAGGUCACACGAGCUGACCUCGCAGCAGCACAACAGGCUGUGGGGCACUUUGGGGGAGACAACCGCGCAGGUGUGGAGGGGACGCUUCAUCGAAUCUCAGCCAUCAGAAAUCGAAAGGGCGAUAUUGUUGGCCUGACUUGUCGAGUUGGUCGUGCAGUUAGUGGCCACAUAGAUAUGAUUGAAGAACUUCUGGACUGCGGGAAGAGUGUUCUCUUCCUUGGAAGGCCAGGAGUGGGGAAGACAACAGUUAUCAGAGAGAUGGCACGUGUCCUCUCAGAUGUCCUUCAUAAGAGAGUGGUGAUUGUGGACACCAGCAACGAGAUUGGCGGUGAUGGAGAUGUGCCGCAUCCAGCAAUCGGUUCUGCAAGACGUAUGCAGGUGGCCGAUCCGUCCAGGCAGCAUCGUGUAAUGGUGGAGGCAGUGGAGAACCAUAUGCCGCAGGUCGUUAUUGUGGACGAGAUUGGGACGGAGGAAGAGGCGCUGGCUUGUCGAACCAUUGCUGAACGCGGUGUCCAGCUUAUUGGAACAGCCCAUGGCCAGUUUCUGGAGAACCUGAUCAAGAAUCCAACUUUGUCUGAUCUUGUGGGUGGAAUUCACACGGUUACGUUAGGAGACGACGAGGCCCGCAUCAGAGGCACGCAGAAGAGUGUUCUGGAGCGUAAAGGUCCACCAACUUUCCCUCUUCUCAUAGAAAUGAGAGAGAGAAAUUACUGGGUCACUCAUCAGACUGAUCGGAGUGUUGAUGCGCUGCUGCAGGGAAGGCGGCCAACUGUUGAGACUCGCUCAAGGAACUCUGACUUCGAAGUUGUGGUCGAACGUCAACUAUAUGACAGCUGCGGCUACGGAAAGAUGGAUGGAAGUUCGGCCGGACAAGUUGUGGAAGGUGUUGUUGGCUCGCCAAGAGUUGGUUCCGUCGGCUGGUGGACGGUUACAAGAGGGAAUGAAGGCUCAAACCUCUUCAUGGCUGCGGUGCCGCUUCGAUCGCAAUCUGGCCAAAUGGACAGAAUGGCAGAAUAUGGCGAAGAUGCAACAUAUCACUGGGCUGACAGAAUUGGGUAUGUGCCAGACAAGGAUGCAAUUGCCGAGCAUCGGAAGGCAUUACGCGAACAGGGAUUCAAUUGGCAUGAGGAUCCUGGCUAUGACAGCAGCGAUUGGGAUAUUAUGGAAGGGGGCAGAAGUUCUUUCCGCACAUCAGGGACCUGGCGCGGGGCCGAUAAGGGGGGGCAAACGCCAGGCAAACGAGGAUCGCGGCGAGGGCCAAGAGGGAAUAUGACAGGCCCUAAACCUUGGGAACGACGUGGUUGACAAUGUCAACCCCUGACUUUAAAGCCCCAGCACAUGCCAGCCAUCGGCCGCGGGCCCCUUUCGGAGAGGCCGCCCCGCACCGCCGAUUCAUUUUAUCUACGGCGCUCGGCCUCCUAAAUGUUAGGAGAGGCUAAAAAAAAACAGGUUCUCUAUUUGCCAGGGGCCAUGUACUGGUGGUUACACGCUCACAAAAGAAGGCGGGUUUUCAGUUCUGCCGGCAAUCGUAAGUCUAUCGACUUUAUUCGCACAGCAGACACUUACAGAGACAACUCUGACUUCAGCAAACUGCAAGGAGGGAUCGACAGAGAGAACCGCCGCCUGCUGUCUGACCAGAGCUCAUGAGAAUGGCGAGCGCUGGUCUCCGAUCAAGGAAGGUGUUACAAGCUAAGUCCCAAUGCACUGAGCACAGCUAUAUUCACCCAGGCUCCAACGCAGCAGCGUCGGCGCGAACUGAUGGUGAGUUGACGGUGAUGUAUUGUGCUCGCUGACUCCGGAUGCACUUGGUCCUCAUGUGUGUCAUUCAGCAUCGCCAAUUAGUCCACGGACGGCUCCGGUUAGCAUCUCCAUCGCCACGUCCGUAACGACUUCCACUCCCUGGCGUCUCUCGAGGCAUGCUCAUAAUGCUUCUGUGUCUAUCUUGACUUAUGUAUGGGGACCUCAGAUACCCUCCCCGCUGUUCUCAUUGGGACCCAGGCGGUACGAAAUUCUAUCACCAAGUCAUUUUCCUUCUCCUUGCCCGUUUCCCACACUGGUGCAUACGGUGGGAAUGGGGAUCUUCUGUUGGGAUUGCCAGCGCUGCCCAGGCACACCAUUUGGCCUCUGGGCCCUCUUUCGCUCUGGGUCGAUGGUCUCUUCUUUCUCUCUGGGACGAUGUUUUCUCACUUGUGCCACGAUGACGAUGGGUUAAAGAGCGUCAACAAAAGGUGCCCGCUGUCCUAGGCUUAGUAUUUCUUCGUCGCAUUUCAUUUGCCUUUUGCUCAGGCCCCCUACGCACGGGCUCCGUGUUUUUCACCUUCAUGCCGUACAGGGUUGCAACCAACUCUUGAAAUCCUUGGGCACGGUCGAGAGCCUCAAACAUGUACCAACUUGGUUCAUGCGCCGACCAGUUGGCUCACACUACGGUCAUGCUUCACUGGCUUGGUGCGCGGUAAACAGCUGGUACUAAGUAGUCUUCUCUACCUAUCGGCAGCAACUUGAGCAAUGGCCUUGGGCCGCGGCCACUUGGGCCCGAAGUUCAUCACACCGUCAGCUCAUCUAUGGCCUUUUCGCCGUCUUUGACUUGGUGCGCUUCAGGCAAUGGUCGCAAGGAAAGCCAGUAUCCACUCGCUUGCUCUCUGUGAGCAUGACUGCAAGUCUGUUGCACACAGAACACAUGGUCCAAGGAAACCCUCCAUCCACUCACUCCUCUGAUGAAUACGACUGCAAGACUUAGUCUCUCUGGUGCACAGGAGGCUUCCCAGCUCGGCGCUGCAUAAUAUUCUGAGCUGUGUCCAGCAGACAAUGUCCAUGCCGAUCCAUGCAUGCAGAUCGACCGUCAACUGAGUGAUUGUAUGAACGGGUGUACUGUUGUCAUACGUACCAGUUGCCUUGCAGGAUGCAGCCAUCUCUUCAUCUGCACCUGCAAUUGCAUGUCCGCAAAUUGCAAAUGGACCAAGUGGAGUGCCGAGGGUUGCAAGAAGCUUGACAAGAAGGGACCCUAGCUCUGUCGCGAAAAACGACUCCCAUUGUUCUACAUGAGGGAAGGAAAGAUAUCUGCACCGACGAUAUGUAUAUUCCUGAUGAUAACUGACUCUCUCUGACUCUCUGAGUCAACGAACUGUAAAAAAAAUGUGGUUCACUAACUUUUCUUUUGAACAAAAUUAAACAUGGGUUAACUUAACUCCUUUGUAGUAAAUGCCGACCAUGCUU